AUGAAGCGUGGCCCUUCUAUUAUACAGCAAAGCCUUGCACGAUUUUUAAGCGUAAUCAAUUACGACAAGCACCCCACUAUUCUGCCGAAAGCGCUUAAUUAUCUGCUCGAUAGUGUAAAGCCUUCCUCGAAAGCAGAUGUUGAAACGAGGCGUAGCUGCUUCCAAGCGAUGCCUCGCAUCCUAGCACUGGUCUCGCCCCGUCUGACGUUGUGUGUGUCAAAGGACGUGUUCAGCGCACUCUUCGACGCAUUACUAGGUGGAUUGGAUGACUAUACCAUAGAUGAACGCGGCGACGUCGGCUCUUGGGUCAGAAUCGCAUGCAUACAAGGACUCACAGCCAUCUCCGAACUCAUGUUCCGCAUGGCCGGAUCGAUUCCGGACUUCGCAGAUUACUUUCCUGGGGACAAAUAUACUGCCGCUGUGGCUGGAUUGCUCAAGCAAGGCGUUGAGAGACUUGACAACGUCCGGCAGGAAGCAGGAAUAUGCUUGAUGAGGCUUCUCAAUAACGCCCCUCCCCGGGUCGACGGGGCAGAUCGGUGGCGUCUGCCAGGUCUUUCUUUACUCAUUGAGCUAUUCCAAAACCCAACAGAGGAGGCCGUUGGAUGGAAUGAAGGCAGCUGGCUAUUUCCGCGCGCCAUGCGCCUCCUCGAGGUGCCAGAGUACCGCAAGCACGUCCUGGUCGGAGUAGUGCUCAGUAUAGGCAGUAAGACCGACAGCACUCAACGACCGGUGGCACAUAGUUUUGUCAAGUUUGCUCAGGGUUUGCCACUCUCACAAACCCCACCGGCCGGGUACUGCCUGCUGGAACUAGUGACAGACUUGAUCAAUCAUGCGAAGUCUAAUAUGAUCGCCAAUGCGGUUGUCGUACCUGUCUUCCAGACGUUUACCCUGCUGCUAGAGGCAGAUGCACUUCGCCAGCUGCCAAACGAGGCGAACGGCAUGCAGAGCCUGAAGACGCUGCUGCAUAUGACUACGCAGAACAUCGGCAAGAUCAAGAGCGUGCAGAGGAUCCACGAGUCGAUGAAGAUCGUGGUCAACCUUCUCUCCUUUGAGCAUAUCAGGAGCGACAAAGCAGCGCUGCUGAACAGAUUUUUGACACAUGCCUUUCCGAGGGUUCGGUCGGACACUGCGGAAUAUCUUUACGUCUUUCUCCAGAGCGCUGAUCUGGGGUUCGAAACUGAGGCGAUUGAGGAUGUCCUUUUGGAAACGGAGUGGUCGACGGGCGAAGCUGGUGCAGUUCAGCAGGCGGCAAAUGAGGUCAUCCAAAUGUUCACCUCAGGGGGAUGA